AUGUAUGACUCCAUAUUUAGCCUUGAUACGGGUCUACAGACGGAGUAUGGAAAACCCCCACUAACCCAGCGCAUCAACGCCUAUGCACGCACGCUCCUCGAAGAACCAUACAGCCACUCACGACGGGUCCACCACAUCGGGUUCGCGUUCAAACGGUGCCGAUUCCCGUUUGCGGCUUGGGACUUUGACGAGACUUUCUGCCUGGCUUGUUUGUUGCAUGAUAUUGAGACCACGGAGGCUAAUAUCACCAGACUGAAUUUUGAGUUCUUCGGCGGUGUGUUGGCAUUGCGUGUCUUGCAGAAUGAUACUCGUUAUGUCCAAGACGAAGACGGGGCUGAUGUAGGUGUCCCUGGCCGUGAUCGGGGAACCUAUACUUGCUUUGGUGAGGCGAUGGCCCCGCGUGAACAGGCUAAGAGCGUGGAGGCGAUCAUUCAACAGGAUUUGUCGCUCGUUGGUAGCAUCACUGCUGUGGGAAAGUUAUUGCAGCUAGCGACGAGGUUUGAUAACAUCGGCGCAUACCUAGAUCUCGUUCAUGCAGAUACUAUCAAGGAUUCCUCGACGCAUUUCCCGCGUAAGCGCUGGAGCCUUUGCAGCCACGACGAGAAUAGACUCAAGCCUUGGGGACGUACCACCCCUCUAGGCGAGGAAUUCCCCGCCAAUGUGCCGGGCAAUACGCCGAUAGCGCCAUAUGAGUGGUUGUGCUCGCUUGACUAUAUUUCAGUGUAA